CCAAAAGCAACCAGAAGCUAUUCGCGUUUAGGCUACAGGCGGAGUUUUUGAGAACUGGGAAGAAUUUGACAAACUUUGUUGAUCCCAACGUAGCCUAAACGGACCGCAGCGCUUCGCUGCCAGUCGUUAUAGGGACAUCGAUUAGUUUACUGUGUAUGUCGACUUCAAUUUAAAUAAAUUACAGUUGCUCUUUUCAUGGAAUAUGAAGAACAACGUCAGGAGGAUGAGAUCUUGACCGAAUCAUGCAUAGAUCUUUCUUUUUUCUUUUAUCAAACAUCGCGUUGUCUGUCUCGUUUAAAGCGCGGUUAGGACGGAGCUGUUUUUGCAUAUUUAUUUUUUCUUCCCGUCGUUUUUUAAAAUGAUUGUUGUUUAAUUUAAACGGACAUGGAUAACUGAUAGAAUAAACAUUUUUUUUGUGACGUGGGAAGUAAAUUUGAAUUGAAUAUGAAAACGUAACUUUUCCAUUUAAACAAUAUUGAGUUUUACCACUUCGCCAACUCUCUCGGACCAUUAGUCUAUAACCAAUGUGGUGUCAACUUGAAGGACGCGUGGUCCGGAUCUCACCUAAACGUUGAUACGUGUUGGGAGUGAUGCACUGGCUUCCCCUGGUUGCCAUGGUGAUCGCUUCGGCCCUGCCCUUCCCUCACAGCCCUGUGACCAGUACUGUUGCUGCGAUGACAGAGCCCGGCAGUAGCCUGGACAACCACACAGAGGACAUCGAUGACUCUUCCAGUCGCUCCCCCGGAUCUUACUCCACACGUCCAGCUCCUCAGGCCUCUGUGGACUACAACUCCCACAAUAAUGUCAAGAAAGACUACAAUAAGCCCUCCAUAAUUAAAGAGGAGGUGAAAACUUUGAAAGGGAAGCGAAAACAACAAAGUUAUCUGUCAAAAAGCUAUUUUCCUACAGAAAACACGAACAGCGUUGGUUUAAAUAAAUAUUCUAACACUGAUGGAGGAAAACUCAGGAGCACCAAUGGCAGCAGUCAUCAGGACUACCCCUCCCAGGAGAACUAUGUACUAGGGGACUAUAAACCAGACAGCAGCAGAGCUGGUGAUGACAGCAGCUUUAGAGACAUGGCUCAGAAGGAAAACCAUCAUCACUCUCUAGACCCCAGGACCGAUGAACAGGAUCUCAGACCUCCCAACAUGUAUGUGGUGGAAACUUACAAACCGUCCACUAAUGCUGGACACCACAGUAAAACUGGGCCACAUCCCUCCAGUCAGAGGACCCCGCAGAGAGCAGAGGCUAGGACAGAGAGCAGUGAUAACAGGGGAGAGGAGGGGAGGGAGGGUGGGCCUGGGGGAAGGGCUGGGAAAGGUCCAGAUCUGUCAGAGGAAGGAAUGGAAGUAGGACUAGGGUUAGGGCUGGGUCAGGGGCUGGGAGGUGUAAAGGAGAAGCAAGAGCUGCUGUUUCUAGAUGCACACCCACGGGUCCUUUUCUCUUCCUCUCCUCCAGAGCACCCACCCCUCCUCCUCAUGCUGGAGUCAGGCAUGUUGCCCAUAGAAGGAGAGGACAAGGAGGAGGAGGAGGAGGAGGAGGAUGUGUCGGACGCAGACGGACACAUGGAGGGUCAUGGGGACAGAGAGAUGGACAGGAGUGUGCCGCUGAGCUGGGUGGACACUCUCAGGGGGGCCAGGGAGCCCCCUCUCCCCGCCCCCAGGCACAAGCGCUCGCACUUGUCCCACACCAGGCGGGGUGAGAUGCCGGUGUGCGAGUCGGAGAGUGUGUGGGUAACGGACAAGACGACGGUCAUCGACGAUAGGGGUAAAACGGUCAACAUCGUUCCAGAGAUCAAGACAGUCAAGGGGGCGUUUAAGCAGUACUUCUAUGAGACUCGCUGCCUCCAGGAGGGGCAGCAGAGGGGCGGUGGGCCGCAGCGGGAGGCAGGGGGGGCAGGGGCCUCGGCAGCAGGAACAGGGACAGGACCCGUAGGUGUGUCCGGGGCCAGCUGCCGGGGCGUGGACAUCAGACAGUGGGUGAGUCAGUGUAAGGCCAAGGACACAUAUGUCCGAGCCCUCACUGUUGACAACAACGGUCUGCAGGGCUGGAGGUGGGUCCGCAUCAACUCGUCCUGUGUGUGUGUCCUACUGUCCAGAGUAACCAGGAAAAACAGAGGAAGGGAGUGAGGGCAGGAGAUGGAGGAAAGGUGGAGAGGAUCAUGUGGAAGAAAUGUUAACACAGAUAAUGCUUGGGACAUUGGAUGUAAUGUCAGUGAGACAGUAGGUGUUACUUUAUAGGCCAGGGUGCCUCUUCCCCAGAGCGACUUACAUUGGUGCAUUCUUCUUAUGAUAGCUGCACUCUUACAAAAAAGGGUUCCAAAAGGGUUCUUCGGCUGUCCUCAUAGGAGAACACUUUUUAGUUCUAGGUAGAACCCUUUUUGAGGUUCUAUGUAGAACCCUCUGUGGAAAGGGUUCUACCUGGAACCAAAAUGGGUUCUUCAAAGGGUUCUCCAAUGGGGACAGCCAAAGAACCCUUAGGUUUUAGAUAGCACUUUCUUUAACGAGUAUAGGCGAGACAACCCCUCCACCCAUCACGGGCUCAGUGAGAGUGACUACACAAAAACAAUAAAACCUCAACAAUACAACUUAGGGAAACUAUCAUAUCAAAAUUGUGAUUUUAGAAAAGUACUGUUUGUUUCAUAAUUGUCUUCAUGUCAUACAUGUUAUUGCUGAGUAAUACUGUAUGUAACCAUGAGUUUUAAAUUAAUAUAUUUCUUUAUAUAUGAGUACAAUAUGUGAACAGUAUGCUUUUAUGUAUGAAAGUAUGUAUAUUUAUAGAGAAAGGUACGUGGAAUGAUAGGUUUGUUGUUGUUACAUGAUUCCAGCCUCUGGCGUCUGGCCUCUGCUCUGAAUGGGAGAGGAAGGGACUGGCAGCACCUAGUGAUUUAGCCUGAUACUGCUCAACACUCCAUACUGAGCACUGACCAUCCCCAGUCCUCCUUUGUGAAGUCUCACAGAGAACAUUAUCACUGAGUGCUUUAAUAGUAAGAUAGAGAGGAGAAUUGAGCCAUGUAUACUGUGAGCACAAUGCUGGGUGUCAUCAUGAUGCCCAUACUGUUGUCAUGAGAGCAACAGUCCAUUUACAGUGUAGCCAGUCAUAUGUGAUCAGAACAUUUGAGUGACCAAUAGAAACCAUGCAGCAGUGUGACAACCACAGAAGCAUUUUAUCUCUAUCUCUCCCUGUAGUUAGAUCAUUAGAUGAUUGAAGAAUUCCAUUCGCCUCAGUUUGCAGUUUGAACUCUGCACUCUAUAGUAUAUGCAGUACAACAUAUUUAUACAUCUGGAUUUUUGUAAUACACGUAUGUAUAUUGUAAAGGCCUGUUUCUUAUUCCAUAAGUAAAAGAUAAACUAUUA